UCCUUUUCCGUUUUCUUUUUUGGAUGCGGUCAACUUUACAUCAUUACUGCCGAUUUGAGAAGUGUGUAACCCUUUUUGAAAAGUUUCAUGAUUCUAUGAGAUCAUUUUAACACAAGUAACAACAGGUAGAACAAGCAGCAAGGAAAGAAAAUUUCUCAACAGGAAAAGGAAAAUCAUUUUGAACUUUCUAAUUGACGGAAUUUCAAACAACUACCGCAGUCAUGAAUCAAUUGAAUCUCGUAGCUUUAAGUUUAAUUUUGAUGAUUUCAUCACAUGAUGCAUUGGCUGCCCCAACAACUGGAGAUAAUUCAAUUAAAGACUUAUAUGAUUACUUGCUUCAAAGAGAAUAUGCCGAGCCGCUGUCCCUUGAUCAUCAAAUGGAGCGCAAAGCAGUUCGUUCACCAUCGUUAAGACUGCGAUUUGGAAGGCGCAGCGAUCCGGAUGUUCCUUUAAUUAAAAGGGAAAAUGAAAUCGAUAAUGAAGUCGACCAGAAACCAAUCAGAUCACCUUCCAUGAGACUAAGAUUUGGAAGACGUAACGACCCAGCCAUGUCCUUGUUUAAUGAGGAAGCAAUGCUUUACGGUAAUGAACCUCUCACAAGAAAGGCUCAAAGAACGCCGUCUGUUCGUCUUCGCUUUGGCAAACGCGACUCAUCAUUGUAUGAUAAUGAGAUGAACUCGUUCCACCGUGACGAUUCCGCACAACUGAACCAUGCUGAAGAAAAAUAAAUUGUCGUUGGCUUAAAACUUAAAAUCCUUUUUCUGUACUGUUGACACUCACUCAUGCUCGUAUGUCAAUUUAACAACUUUUUAAGUUUUUAAUGCUAUAAUUUAUAUGAUUGUUAAUUUCUUAAGUUUGAAAGUUGGAAACAUUUUAUAAAUUCUCAGCUAAGACCUUCCUUCCUUGACAAAGAAAUAUUGUAAAUUAUUAUGAUCUUUGAAGCUUUUUCCAUUUAAUAUUAUCAAAGUCUCAAACAAUUUACAUCAUUUUUAAAAUAUUCCCCAAAAAGAUACAAUAACGAAAGGAGGAAGAAUUUAGAAGUCAUCGCAAUUAAAAGGUCAAUCGAAGUGUUUCUGAAUGAAUUUGAUUGAAAGUUUUUUUCUCUCAGCUUCAUCGUGAAAUUGAUUUGUUCGUCUUGUUUAUAUCUUUGAGCUUUGAAAUGGAAAACGAUCUCACAAUCUUACAACUAAAGCUGAAAGCGCGUGGAAAACAAUUGGUUUAACAAAUAUUUCAAACACAUCAAAUUAAAAGUAAAAGUCAAGAAAUAUUUGAGAUAUUUAUAAUCAAUUUCCUUUUUUUCUUAAAAAUCUUUCAUAAGUGUUGCACGAAACAAUUAAUAGACAUGUUUUAUGUCCGCUAUAGCUUUGCACUCUCUCUCAAAAUUUCAUAAAUAUGUAAAUAAUAAUCAAAGUUUUAAAUGGAAACAUGUUAUAAUAAAAAGAGAAACAUUUCAACCUUAAUAAAAAUAUAUAAAAAAAAUUAAUUAUGAACAACGUUAUACAUUGACGGUUCUUACCUAGCAACAUGCAUCAAUUAGUUAAUAAAAUAUUGAGAAGGAU